UUUGGUGCAAGACAUGCAUCUUUUCUCAUCGUUCUACUGAAUGGCACUUAUCAUUUUGUAAAGCUUAGUCCAGCUGGUAAAGUGGGAAAUGUCUAAAUCUGAGAUUAUGAUCAGUAUUUAAAUGAAUGAUGUUUUGGCCUAUCUAUAGGAAUUUUCAAGAAUAAUAUUUAAACAUCACACACAUCAUCAGCUGAUCAUAAGCAAAUAAGUACUAAAAUGUCGGACCACAUAUGAAACUUGCACUGGUGAUCAGGAGAUAGCAGCUGUGACCUGUCUAAUGGUCUCAUUAUAUCAAGACUCUGCACAUUGUUCGCACUAUCAACCAAUGGGUCGGUCACAAGACUGACGUGGUAGCAUUACAGACCACACUCUCUAUACAAGUUACUACCAGUAAACCCCCCCAUUUGAACAAUAUUAUAAGCCAGAAUGUUUCCAAAAAGGAAUUUGUCUUUACAUUGCUUCUAAAAGGAAACGGGGCGGUCUGGUAGCCUAGUGGGUAAAGCGUUUGCUCGUCACGCUGAAGACCUGGGUUCGAUUACCGACAUGGGUACAAUGUGUGAAGCCCAUUUCUGGUGUCCCCCGCCGUGAUAUUGCUGGAAUAUUGCUAAAAGCGGUGUAAAACCACACUCACUCACUCUAAAAGAAAACCAAUGUUAUACUUACAUUGCUUGUAUUGGGAGGUCAUCCACAGUUGUAACCAGAUUCAACCUAUUUCUUAUUCACUCAAAUUAUUUUCCAGACUGAAUAAAGUGAAGACCAACAUAAUAUAAUAUGUUUGUACUACAAAGACAAAGCGUUCGACUCUGUCAGAAAUGCUGGAGACUAUAUUCCUCUGUGAAGAAACAACACAAUGUUCCUUCGACCAUCUCUGAUGCUCGAGGAUUAACCAUGACAAAUGCAAACAGUCUAUUAAAAGGACAGCACACAAGGAAGUAUCUUGACUUGAGAUAUUCAUCUACAUCAUCAGUCAAGAAUGAAGAUGAUGUGAAGGUGAACAUAGAGGAAAAUCCUUACUUUGACAAGUACAAGAAAAAACUGCUGGAUUUACAAAGAUCCUCCCCAGAGUCCUACCAGGAAAAGAUGAAUCAGAUUGAAGAGGAGCUGAGGAAGGACCGAGCCUUCAUCAAAGAGCAGCUGGAGAAGGCGGAGAAGGAGAAGGCUAAAGCAGAGGCUGAGGCUGAAGGGAAGGCCUCACCUAAGGGGUUAGACAGUGUCAUGAAGAUGGAACUGAUCAGAGAUAAGACGGCAGAGGAGAUUGAGGAGAUAUGGAAAGAAUUCCACUGUAAGAAGGAAUGUGUAUACACAGUCAUGAAGUCUAUCGAUUAUGAUGAUCUGAUGGAAAAGGCUAAGACAUGUCCAUCUUUUCUGUACCCACUGCCUCGCCAGGAUGGAUAUGAACUCUUCUUCUCCAUGAUCUCUGGGAAGUCUGUGUACUUCACACCUCUCAUCAUGUACCAGCAGAUGAAGGAGAACGCCCCACCAUGUCUCUCCCUGGUCCACUUCACAGAGCUCCAGGAGGACAAAGGUAUUGUGCUGAUGACUGGGCAGUAUGACGACUCAUUACUGAAAAGAAAGGAUGCAUUGAAUCUUGUGCGACAAAUGUCCAUGUACUACAGUAGAAGUUCUGGUGAAAGGUUCAAUCUGGUCCGCAUCUUCAACCAUAUGCCAAACAAAUUCAACCAUCUUGAUGUAAUAAAUGAAUAUCAAGAGAUGAUAAAAUUCUUAGAAUCUGCUUAAUGAAUUUCAAGGACGUAACUUAUCUGACAUCUGAUGAAGGUAUACUUAUUACAAAUGUACAUGAACAACUGCACAUACUUCUAAUUAAUCAUUGUCCUUUUUUAUGGAAUUCAAUUUGAAAUCACUUGUCACGUUACAUUUAAGGGUUCACCAUUUUGAAAAUGAGUGUGUGAUGUACAGGUUUUGAAAGCAGUGGAGUUCUUAUGACUUCAGUGUGUGAAGCUAAAUAUAUGUUUAGUGUUCUUGGAAAGGCACCCUGGAUAUGUGUGCUUCACAGCAUCCUUCCAGAUAGGUGGGUUAUUGUCAUCAAGGAUGGGUACUUUCAUUGAGCAAUGUACAGGUGGAGUAUUGGUGUGAUGGUGUGGUGAUGUUCUCUGUAUUAGCUUUCGCUGGCAAAAGCAACUGUGUUUGGCCUGAUACCUUCAAGGGAAUUGAUGUGAAUAAAUAAGUCAACACCC